AUGAGCGUUAGUCACCCCAUUAUUGGCAUUUCGCCUGAGCAUGAUGCUUCAUUCAAACUAUUCAUUCAAUCUUGUCAAGAAAAGGGGCUUUUGUCUCGGCCCGAUAGUCUAGAAAGCCGGGACCUGUGCGACGGGCUAUCAGAUCCGCCAACCCUUUUACGAUUUCUAGUGGCCCGUCAAUUUGACCCGGAUAAGGCUCUCAAGCAGUUCCAGGAGGCAUGUGAAUUUCGCGAAGAGAAGGAUAUUCUCAGGCUGUACGAUCUAGUCGACAUUGCUGAUUUCGAGCAAGCUCGUCAAAUUUACCCCCACUGGACUGGCCGUAGAGACAAACAAGGGCGACCCAUUUGCAUGUUCGACCUGGAUCGACUUGACAAAGAUGCCCUUGCACGCUGGGACACAACGCGCAAGACUAGUCGCUGGGUGUAUUCCCAGUCAGGGAAAAUUGAACCGCCAAAUCCGGACAUGUUGCAAUUGGCUUCUGUGUACCAUGACAAUCUCAUUCGGUUCAUUCUUCCUCUUUGCUCGAUGAUGACGGACAGGCCAAAUCCUUUGCUCCCAGUCACCAAUGCGAUCUAUGUUGUGGACGCAUCGAAUCUGAGCUUAAAGCAAGCAUGGAAAUUGCGAUUCUUCGCCCAGGAGAUCAGUUGGUUGUUGUCCACUUGUUACCCAGAGACUAUCCAACGUGUUUUUGUAUGUAAUGCGCCCUCGUAUUAUAGCACGGUCUGGAAGUAUCUCAAGGGCUGGGUCGACCCUUAUACUGCAGAAAAGAUUGAAGUGCUUCUGAAAUCGGAGGUUCUGCCUACCCUCAGAGAGUACAUCGACGAUUCCAAUAUCCCAACCAAGUUCGGUGGUGAAUUUUCCUUUGCCCAUGGAAUGCUGCCAGAUCUCGACAACAGUAUCCAGCAGCUUCUGAAUUCAAAUUCAUCGAGAUCUCUGCCUCCCGGUCCCUUAAAAUGGAUCCAAGACUCAGACGGCAGGCGAGUUGCAUUAGCUGUUGGCAGCAAGGCUGGCUCUGAAAGAAAUGAUAAGAUUGCAACCGUUGAUCGUAUUGGACAACACUUCACUCUAACUCUAUAG